AUGGCUUUCUUGGCGCCAUCCUGCUGCCGACUUUGCCUCAAUAGUCCACCCUCAGAUUCGCUCGUUUUUUCCGUCUUCGAUACCUUCCAGGGUAAAGUUCUGUCGCAGCUGAUCGAGGAGCUCUUUGCUAUAAAGAUCCUGGAAGAUGAUCGACUUCUAUCGCUGUGUCUGGAGUGCGUAAAUCGUAUAAAUACGGUACACAAGAUCAAGCAGUUAUUCGUAGAGAAUGAUCGCAAACUGCACGAAUUGCUACCAAACCAUCCUCCGUCAAGCGACGCCUUUGUGGAAGAGUUGGUGUAUGAUGUAUUUACUGUCGGCAAUACGGAUACCAGUGCGGACAUUGCAGGUGAAGGUUCCUCCGUUAGCCAUGAGGCUGCAGUACAGGAAAGUAGUGAACCAACAGCACCAUCCCCAUCCCAUGGGUCCAUCGAUGAAGAUAUGAACGAUGACACUCCAGCACACCUAUACCCGGAUGCCAAAGAUGAGCCUGCAAACAAAAGUCCACAGUCAUCACCUAUCAAGACACCUUCUUCCGCUACCCAAGCCAAUGCUCAACUACCACAAAACAAAUGCUACUUUUGCGGAGUAAUCUUCGAAAGUCAGAUAAAGUUUACUCAUCAUCUACCGAGCCAUUUUGCGGAUGUACCUUACACCUGCACGGAAUGUGAUGGAUUGGUCUUUAAAACGGUCCGAGAAGCGAGCAAACAUAUCUCCUACCACGACGCAAACGAACGGCCCUUCAAGUGCCGCAUCUGUACGUUACGCUUUCCAACGCGCGUUAACAGUUUGACCCACGAACGGAAGAUACAUCGCUUUAAGUUGAAACGAAUAGAGGCAACCAAAGCGAAAGGUUCCAGCAACAAACAACGAACCUCUGAAAGACGGAGCACGACGGUGCAAAAGAAACAAAACAUCCCCAAAUCAAACUCUUCACCCAAGCUGGUUGCCAUCGAACACGUGUGCGAAAUAUGUGAUAAAAAGUUUACCGCGAAGAAAAAUCUUACCCGCCAUCUUAUGAUCCACACGGGUGAGAAACCGUUCAAGUGUGAUCGAUGCGAUCGGUCGUUCCGGCAGGCAGGCGAGCUAAAGAAACAUCUGUGCCUUCAUUCGACGAAGCGCGAAUGCACCGAACAGCGAACACCAGCCAUUAAAAGGUCCCCCAGUGGGAGUUCAGGUUCCGGCUCUACGGAUGCCAAGUGUGUAAAUAAAAGAAGCAGCGGAAGGUGUUUGGUUUCAUGCUAA